AUCCUUUUAUUCAAACAUCUCAAAGCUCCAAUCAUUUCUCAAUCGUUUCUAAUUUCUGUUCUUUUGGGUUUCUAUUGUGAAUCGUGAGAGAUUCAAUGGAGAUUACUCAAUAUCAAACUUUCAAUGAAGGUUCAAGUUCUAGGGUUUCCAUGAAUAGAAACUCACAAGUAAUAUCCAAGAUCAAGCCCAAGAUUCGCAUAAUCCAUAUAUUCGCACCGGAGGUCAUCAAGACCGACGUCAAGAACUUCCGUUCACUCGUCCAGAGCCUAACCGGAAAACCAGCUCCCGGAGAGGCCAAAACCGGUAAAAAGAGAGCGAAACUGAGAGUUCCAGCGUCCCAUGAACCGGCUUGCGGAGAUCAUCAGCAGGUCAACCGGCUUUCGGGGUUCUCCGGUUUAUUAGCAAACGGAGGAAACCAACAGGUGAAAGAAGAGUGGGGAUCAGGUGAUCAGAGCACUUCCAACACAAACACUUACUUUGACCUAGAAGGUCUGAUUCAAGAUGUCGGAGAAGAUUACUUCUCUUCUUUCCCCAUGAGAUCUUCUUCUACUUCACAAGUCGAAGGUUUUAUCUACAACAACAACAACAGCAACAGCUUCGAUACGAAGGGUCAUAAUUCGUCCUAAUUAAUAACAGUUUAAUUUCUAGGGUUUUCAGGCUGAUUCUGCUAAAUCGUGUUUUGGUGAGAUUUUAUCGUAACGACGACGAAUAAGAUCAUAUUUGUGGGGGAAAAGGCCUAGAAGUUGUAUAUAGAUAUCUUAAAUUUUUGAAUUCGAUGGAUACGACGAGAAACUUAACCUUUGGUGGACUGAAUUUGCCGAGUUGAGGUGAAGUGUUUAACUUACGUGCAGCCCUUCUAGGAGAAGUGACUGUAUCUAAAUCUAAUAAAGAGAUAUAUCGUCGUCGGUUAAAAAACCCUAGUUGUUUAUGUAACUUCAUUAAUGUGCUAUUAAUUUUCGGAUGUGUGUAUUAAUUCUCUGGUGUGCAUUUUUAUAUGUAUGUGCUCUGUAUUUUUUUGGGGAAAAAGUUUGUAUGCUAAUUAAUUAGAACAAAGAU